CUUCUUUUCCCCAAAUCCAUAUAUGGCAUCUCCCAGAGCAGCCCCCAUCCUCAGAUGUGCUUGUGCUGUCAGGAGGGGAAGAAGGAACUUGAAGCUGGAGGCAGAGCCAGUCAUGCCGUGGGCUUCCUCUUGGCACUGCUGAAUGGAGGGGUGUCCUACUGCCCACUUCCAUCAGGACUGAGAGUGGGCCUUGUGCGAUAAUUCCUGACGUUCAUUAUUUAUAGAGAAGCCAAAUUGAAUUAUUAAUACAGAAAAUUCAGAUAACGUUAACAAUUCUCAGUUUAUCACAGUUUCCCAUUAAUAAGGAAAAUUGGAAAUUUAUCAUUAUAUCUGUUCAUUAAAACUCACUUUUUUUUUUUUUUUUUUUUGCUUUUGGUGUCUUAAAUGAAAGCGGAGAAAUAAACUAAGAGGAAAAGCCAUUUAUUCACUACUUCUCUGGGCAAAGUCAGCCCAUAAUUUUUAAUAAAGUCUUUGCCAUUGUAUGUGAAGGGGAAGCUAAGCUGUAAUGAAAGCAGCUUUCCAACCAUGUCUGUGGCGUUCCUCAACUGUAGAACAAAUACUCGGAAGCACGUCCCAUUUCUUCUUUUUGUGGGAAUCUUGAAGCUGCGUGAUGGUUUUCUCAUUUCCCUCCCUCCCCAGCAGCUCUCCUUGUUUUCACCAUGUGUUGUUCCCAGCUCCGAGGAGUGAAUUUUAACGCCUCCCCUGCUUCUUUCAGAGAUGGCGGAUUCCUAUACCUGUAAAGGUGGAAGGAAAACUGCAGGCUCUAACAAACCCACUGCCAGCAAAGAAAGCAGGACGGAGACAAGGAUAAACCCACCAGCAGAGCUGCCCAAGCUGGGAAAUGCAAGCAGUGACAAAACUGAAGGCAGGAAGAAAGGAAGACCCAAGGCUGAGAACCAGGCACUGAAAGACAUCCCUCUCCCCCUGAUGAACCAGUGGAAGGACGAAUUCAAAGCCCACUCCAGGGUGAAAUGUCCCAAUUCAGGCUGCUGGCUGGAGUUCCCCAGUAUUUAUGGCUUGAAGUACCACUAUCAGCGCUGCCAAGGGGGUGCAAUCUCGGAGAAGCUGACAUACUCAUGCUCAUACUGUGAAGCUGCCUUCACCUCCAAAACCCAGCUGGAAAAGCAUCGGCUCUGGAAUCACUUGGACCGGCCAAUGCCAACCAGCAAAGCAGAAAACAAAGUGCCCAAGGCCAUUGGGAAGAGCAGUGGAAAGAAAAGACCUGCUGAGAGUUCAGCUUGCCCCACCAUCCAUCCCAAACAGGCAAAGAUGGAAAAAACUGUGGCCCAGGAGCACACGGAGAAUGGCGAGUGCCUGGCAGAGAGCCGGGAGAGCAAGGAGUUCCAGAUUGCAGCAGCUGAGGCGAUGGCAGCUGCCACCCCCACGGCCAAGUCCUCCAGUGGCAAGGACACCGGGCAGCAGCGGGGCAGCCAGGCCUCACUGCAGGAGGAAGACCCCGAGAGGAUGAAGCACAGAAGGAAACAGAAAACUCCUAAGAAGUUUACGGGGGAGCAGCCAUCCAUCUCGGGGACAUUUGGACUGAAAGGUCUUGUCAAAGCAGAGGACAAAGCAAAAGCUCACCGAGCCAAGAAGCUGGAGGGAAAUGCCAACAUGGAGGAGCUGAAAAAGAAACCUCCAGGAGUUGGUGUGAAGAAGGAAACAUCUGUGCAUCCACCAGCAGCAAACCCUGAGGACCAGUGGCAGCGGGAGAUCAGUGAGAAGGGGGAAGUUUCCUGUCCAACCUGCAGUGUUAUAACCAGGAAAACUAUUGUGGGACUCAAAAAGCACAUGGAUGUCUGCCAGAAACUGCAGGAUGCCUUGAAGUGUCAGCACUGCAAAAAGCAGUUCAAGUCUAAAGCUGGGCUGAAUUACCACACCAUGGCUGAACACGUCAGCAAGCCUGUUCCUGUGGAAACCGCUGGACUUGGUGAACAGGAAGAGCGGGAAAGGCUGAGGAAAGUGCUAAAGCAGAUGGGAAAACUGAAAUGCCCCAAUGAGGGUUGUGUGGCCAACUUCUCCAGCCUGAUGGGCUACCAGUACCACCAGAAGCGGUGUGGCAAGCAGCUUGCCGAGGCCGACAAGCCUGUGUUCAGCUGCCCACACUGUGGCAAGAAGUACAAAUCCAAGGCUGGCCACGACUACCACGUGCGGUCAGAACACACGGUCUUGGUGAGCCCCCCGGACGCCUCCACAGCCCAAGGAGCGGGGCCAUCCCCCCCCGGGGGGGACUGCAGAGCUGCAGAGCCCGUGGGCAGGACAGAGCCGGGCAAGGCCGGGCCGGGCAAGCCUCCAGAGGAGCCAGAGGUGAGGCCAGAGCCUGGUCCCAUAGAAGAUUUUGAGAGGACCCCGAGCGGCCGCAUCCGUCGGACGUCAGCCCAAGUCGCUGUCUUCCACCUCCAGGAGAUAGCAGAGGAUGAACUGGCCAGGGACUGGACCAAGCGGAGGAUGAAGGAUGACCUGGUGCCUGAAACAAAGCGGCUCAAUUACACCCGACCAGGGCUCCCAAAGCUCAAUCCCAGGCUGCUGGAAAACUGGAAGAAUGAAGUGAAGGAGAAGGGCCGCAUCAACUGUCCUAACAAUUGCUGUGAAGCCAUUUACUCCAGUGUCUCAGGGCUGAAAGCUCACCUGGCCAACUGCAACAAGGGGGACCACUCAGUGGGCAAGUACCGCUGCCUCCUGUGCCAGAAGGAGUUCAGCUCCGAGAGUGGUGUCAAGUACCACAUCAUCAAGGCUCACUCGGAGAACUGGUUCCGAACCUCCUCAGAGGCCAGCCGGAAAAAGAAAAACAGGGAACAGCUUUCUUCCAGCAAAGAGGAGAAAAAGAAAAGCACAAACGGGAAGAAAAGGGGGAGAAAACCCAAGGAGAGGCCUCCGGAAAUGUCCCCGAAGGGCAAAGAGAGCGUGACAGCAAAGACUAAUCACAAGAAAACCUUCGAGCACUGGGAAGGCUCCCGGAGCAGCCCCGAGGGGGACGAGCUCGUCCUCAAACCCCCGAGCCAGCGGAAGGGAGGAGCCAGCAAGAUGCCCGAGAAAUGAGCAGCUCAGAGACUCGUCUCCGAGGAUUCGUUUACAGCCCAGGGUAACAGGGUGGGGGUCUCUCCCAGUUUUAUGUCCCUUCCUCCCCAUCCCACCUCCCCUUGCCCCACCCUCCUCUCGCCCUCUUUUUAGAAAAAGGAAGGAAAAAAGAAAAAAAAAAGAGACAGAAAAUAUCAAUUAACCACUUAAAACAAACCACGGACCUUGUUUCACACUGGAAAACAAACAGGAUCAAGGAAGCUGGAACGUUCUCCACCCUCUGCCCAUGUAAAUACCCCUCGGCGGGGCCCCGCUGCUCCCCCCCGGCCCGCGAUUCCCGUUCCCUGCGCCAACCUGGUGACGCUUGAGCGAAAGAGAAGUGCAAUAGCAGCGGGGUCCCGUGGGCAGGGACC